AUGCUCAUUCCCGCCAUCGUUGACGUUGCCCAGAAGAACGCCGACUGGCAGGCCUUUGUCUUUUCCGCACUCCUGACGGGAAUGAUAGGGAUGCUGCUGUCGCUCGCGGUCGGCGGUUCGCUUCGCGAAGGACUCGACACUCGGCAGACCUUCAUUCUCACCACACUUUCUUGGGCAUCGCUGCCGGCCUUCGGUGCAUUGCCUUUCCUGUGGCUUGGCAUCGGUUAUGCCGACGCGGUAUUCGAGGCGGUUUCCGGCUUCACGACAACCGGAUCGACGGUUCUCACCGGUCUUGACGGGUUGCCGCCAGGGCUGCUCGUCUGGCGUUCCAUGCUGCAAUGGAUGGGCGGUGUCGGCAUUAUCGUCAUGGCGAUCGUUCUGCUGCCGUUCCUGAGGAUCGGCGGAAUGCAGCUGUUUCAGAGCGAGAGUUCCGACCGAUCGGAAAAGAUUGUCAGCCGGUCGGUUGAACUGAUCCGCCUGAUCGGCCUGGCCUAUCUGUUCCUGACCGUUCUUUGCAUAGCGGCUUACCUGGCAACCGGCAUGGAGCUAUUCGAUGCCUUCAACCAUGCCCUGACAACGAUUGCGACCGGCGGGUUUUCCACGCAUGACCAGUCAUUCGGGUAUUUCAAGAAUCCUGCGUCAGGCUGGGUAGCGGUGCUGUUCAUGAUUGUCGGCGCGAUGCCAUUCGUUCUGCUCAUUCAGGCUCUUCGCGGACGUCCUUUGCAGUUGUGGCGGGACCCGCAAGUGCGUGCGCUGCUGGGAUUUCUUGCACUCGUGUCACUGACGCUUACGGUUUAUCUCGGCAUCAACAUGCGCUUUCCGUUCGAGGAAGCCUUGUUGCGCUCAACGUUCAAUGUCGUCUCGAUCGUCACGGGAACCGGUUACGCUCUGGGAGAUUUCACCCAAUGGGGCGCCCCGGUCGUCGGAAUUGCUUUUUUGCUGAUGUUUGUCGGCGGCUGCACCGGCUCAACGACCGGCGGUAUCAAGAUUUUCCGCUUCCUGGUGUUUUUCGGUACUGUGCGCGCGCAUUUGCGGAGGAUGGUACGUCCACACCGCAUCAUGUCCGAAGAAUACGCCGGGACGCGCCUGACGCCGGAGCUCUCUUUUUCGGUCCUUGCUUUCCUCGUAGUCUAUAUGGGGUCGGUCGGCAUCAUCACCGUGGCACUUUCCUUUUUUGACCUGGAUCUCGUAACCGCGAUUUCGGCCGCUGCAACGUCGGUGGGCAACGUGGGGCCGGGCCUUGGUCCUGUCAUCGGUCCGGCUGGACAUUUCGCACCGCUGCCGGACGGUGCCAAAUGGCUGCUCUCCUUUGCCAUGCUUGUCGGCAGACUCGAACUCUUUACCGUCCUUGUCCUGCUGGAUCCGGAUUUCUGGUCGAAAUAA